ACAUCCUUAAACUUAAUCGGUGAUGGGUAAAUGUUAUUUUCAAAUCGUUCAUUUAUACCAGUGUGAGUGACCAAGCAGGGUGCGCUUCUCGUUAGCGAAGGAACUUUAGGGUUACGAGUGUCUUUACGGUGCAUCUUUCCUAGUUCGGUAGAUGUAUCAUGCGUUUUCCCAAAAACACCACGACAACGUUCGGUAGGUGCGUCGUUAAGGCAUGUGUAAUAAAGGCAGCGCUCAUCUCGGAAAAAGUCCCUGGAGUCCAUCAACUCUCGGCUUCAGCUGGUGAUGAAGAGCGGUAAAUACGUACUGGGCUACAAACAGACUCAGAGGAUGAUCCGCCAGGGCAAAGCCAAGCUGGUCAUCCUGGCCAACAACACACCUGCCCUCAGUUCCCGCCAAUAUCUAGCUACUUUGGCACAGCCAUUGAAGGAGGAGUGGGACCAACAUUCCACAGGCCACAAUCAACAGCCUGAUCAGCUCUAUGUGAAGGAGAUGUCGCCCUGCAUGAGGAAAUCAGAGAUAGAGUACUAUGCUAUGCUGGCUAAGACUGGGGUCCACCACUACAGUGGGAACAACAUAGAGCUUGGCACAGCCUGUGGAAAGUACUUCAGAGUCUGUACACUGGCCAUCAUUGACCCUGGGGAUUCAGACAUCAUCAGGAGUAUGCCUGAUCAGCCACAGGGGGAGAAGUAGUCUGGCUGAGUCACUUCUUUCUCUGUAGAUGUGUUUUUGUUAAAUAAAUCGACUUCAAGAUCA